AGGACAGCAAAUGAGAUCCACCUUCAUUUGGAACUAGCCACUGAAAAAUGUAAUAGACAAAAUUUAAUAACUGCAGUUUGUGUAAACAAGUAAAAAAUAUGAAAAAUGCUGUAGGGACCUGCUCUGGUGCUUAAAGAGUAAGUUACCCCCUAAUCAACCGUAUAAAGGAGUGUGAAAAGUGCUGCAGACGUGUGAAGUUGUUGUUUUUAGUAUUUUAGUGCAUCUUAUGGAGAGGAUCCAGUCAGAUAAUCUGACUGGAAAUCAGAGAAAAAACACUUGGAGAAAAAAAAAACAACUGUAAAGUUAACAGCUGAAAUAGCAGGAAAUAAUGCAAUUAAGAGGGAAAUUGUAGUGUGUGUGGAAAGUGGUCAGUGUGUCCUUCAGUAGCCUAAGCCUAUUGACCCUUUGCACGUGACAUCACGCCAGUCAUGUGGCCGCCCCCUCUGCCAUGAUGGACGGCAAAAAGACCGUUUACACUCGUAGAAACUCCAGUGAAGCUAGUUAAAACAAGCCAGUUUGUAGCCUUUUAUGGCUUUUAUUUAGUUGAUUUAACAGUAAAAUGGUUUUAGCUUGCUGCGUGGUCGGCUGCACUAACAGACAAGGACGUAAACUCAACUCGUUUUUUUCUUUUUAAUAACUUUGAUGGAGACUGAGGACGGAGAUGAACUGCAGCGAUCAAUCAAGCGGACUAGCAGGCCUCAGAUUUGCAGCGAACAUGUUUUUACCGGACUGACUGAAGUUCUGCCAUGCCUGUGGCCUCCACCAGGACAGAGCCUGGGCCCCAGGUGUUGGAUGCGAUGAGUGACAGCACCACCAGCUCCACCAUUGCCAAUGAUCUGGACCUCAUCUACCUGAAAGGCAUCAUGGAGAGCCCUCCGGAGCAGGAGGAGAGCCUGAAGGAGCCACGACUGUCACCAGUAAGGGAAAACAACGUGGAGCUCCUGCUGGAGAUCCUCAGAGACCUGGACCCAUUCACACAUCGCUCUGACACUGCAGCUGAGCUCACUCGCAUCCUCACGCAGCCUCACUUCCAGUCUUUGCUGGAGACUCAUGACUCAGUGGCGUCCCAGGUGUGUGACAGCCCACCUCUCAGUCCCUGUGAUUUUAAUGAUGAAGAAGCUGAAGACAGCCAAAUGAACAGCCUGCACCCGCCUCCUGAUGCUAUCCGCAUGGUGGGCAUACGUAUUGUGGCUGGGGAGCAUCUGGGAAUAACCUUUAAAGUGGAGGGUGGUGAGCUGGUGAUCGCCCGGAUCCUUCAUGGUGGGAUGAUAGACCAGCAAGGCCUUCUGCAUGUUGGAGACAUCAUCAAAGAGGUAAAUGGCAGAGAGGUGGGUCGGGACCCGCGAGUCCUGCUAGAGGAGCUCCAAGCUGCCAGUGGGAUCGUGGUGCUGAAGAUACUGCCCAGCUACCAUGAGACCUUUCCCCCAAGACAGGUGUUCUUCAAGUGCCACUAUGACUACGAUCCAGCCAAUGACAACUUAAUUCCAUGUAAGGAGGCGGGCCUAAGGUUUGAAACAGGAGACAUCCUGCAGAUAGUCAACCAGGACGAUGUCAACUGGUGGCAGGCCCGUCAUGUGGAGGGUGGGAGCACAGGGCUUAUUCCCAGUCAGAUGUUGGAGGAGAAAAGGAAAGCUUUUGUUAAAAGAGACGUGGAGCUGACACCUGCAGGAAACCUUUGCACUGGUGUUGGUGGGAAGAAGAAGAAGAAGAUGAUGUAUGUGACCACAAAAAACGCAGAAUUUGAUAGACAUGAGAUCCUGCUCUAUGAGGAGGUAGCCAAGGUCCCGCCUUUCAAAAGGAAAACUCUGAUUUUGAUAGGUCCCCAGGGAGUUGGUCGGCGUAGACUUAAAGCCAAACUCCUACUGAGGGAUCCACAAAUCUUCGGCACCACCAUUCCAUACACUUCCAGAAAACCCAAAAAGGGCGAACGUGAAAAUCACAUGUAUGCUUUCACCAGCCGCAGCAAGAUGGAGGCUGACAUCAAGGACGGGCGUUAUCUUGAAUAUGGAGAAUAUGAGGGCAACUUGUAUGGGUUAAAGAUGGACUCAAUACAUGAGGUGGUUGAGGCAGGACGGAUCUGCAUACUGGACGCCAAUCCACAGUCCCUUAAGGUGCUGCGGACCUCUGAGUUUUUGCCCUACGUGGUGUUUCUUCAGUCUCCUGACUUUGAAGUGCUGAAGGCGCUGAACUGCUCUGCCGUAGAAGCAGGCGUGGUCACCAAGACGCUGACGGACGAGGAGCUGCAGAGGACGUGUGAUGAGAGCGACAGACUUAAGACAGCUUUUGGUCACUACUUUGACCUCACCAUCAUCAACGAGAACCUGGAUGAGACCUACCGCACCGUCAAAGCUGCACUGGAAACUGUUUCCAAGAACCCCCAGUGGGUCCCUGUGACCUGGGUUUUCUAAGAGCGGGCUGUCGGUUACCCAGAGGGAGAGAAAACGGACUCAUGUACAGAUGGAAAAUACUAUUUUCAUCUGUUAGUGGAGGUUGUUAGUGGCUGUAGGUUGUAGGGUAGACACAUCUGAACUGUGUGUGUGUGUUUAUACAGGACUCAGCCUUAAGGCAAGGCAGCUUUAGUUCUAGAGCACAUUUCAAACACAGAGGCAAUUCAGUGUGCUUUACAAUUAUCAGGACAUGAUGUAAAGGACCAAAAGCCAGGUGCCAUGAUAAAGAGGGCAGUUCUGACACCAGUUGCACCAGUAUCUCACUGGUCUGCCGCUGUUGGACUAUGUCCAUAACAUUUCUGAUAAACCAUUCCUCACCGGGGGGGGGGGGGUUUGCUCUUGUGUCUGGGAUCCAGUCCGGACUCUGCGAGUUUCAGACUUUAGAAGGAUUAGAGACCGAGUUCUGGAUUAGGACAUGUGACACAACCAGAUAUAAACCUUGUGUAAAGCAGCGGUUUAAGUGGGUCUAAAGGGGCAUGGACACUAUGUCUGUCUGAGGACUCGCCUGUUUACAUCCACACUCCCAUGCCGCCUCCACUCAGACUAAAACUUCAUGUCAGACACGUAGAAAGUGUGUAGCGGAUUUAGUGACCUUUUUUGUCCUGUAACAUGUAAUAUUCAGAGGAGUCAUGCGUAAAACACAACCCUAGUAAUCACCUCCACAUGAGCAAGGCCCAGAUGUAGUUAUUAGCCCUCUUAGGCAGCAGGAGGGUUGCAGGUUCAAAUCCCAGCCUCCCAGCCUUUUUUAUGGAGUUGGCAUGUUCUUGUGCACGUGUUCCUUCUCACAGACCAAAAACAUGCAUGUGAGGUUAAAACGGUGCGUGAGGUCACAGGUCAACUGAACAGCUGGAGGAGGGAAAGUGUCAACACAGAGACAAACGCUCUGAUCAGCAUAUGUUUGUUUUUGUUUUAUCUACUUAUUUAUAGAUAAUUAUAUCUGUAUUUAUCCCUCAUGGUGUAGAUAGCCUGUAGAUACACGGGUUUAAUGACGGGGCCCGGUACGUACGCUACUUUAGUGUUAGUACCUGUAAAGUAAACCCAUCGAUGAGCAACACUGUCACUUUAUAUCUCACUGUAAAUAUGCCAUAUCUUAUUAUGUUGCCUCAUAGAUGUGUUUGUGCUCUUUCGGCUUGCCGUACAGGUCCCUCUAUAGUGCCAACUGCAGAAAUGCUUCCUUACAAUUUUUGUUUCUUUAGUGGGUUUUGUGGCAGCUACUGACUCUUAGAUUAGAAUGAAUAACAGCCUGGAUUAAAAUAAAUAACAAUCUGGAUUAGAAUGAUAAAGAGCCUGGAUUAGAGAUGAUAAACAUCCUGGAUUAGAAUGAUAAAGAGGCUGGAUUAGAAAUGAUAAACAUCCUGGAUUAGAAUGAAUAACAGCCUGGAUUAGAGAUUAUAAACAGCCUGGAUUAGAGAUGAUAAAGAGGCUGGAUUAGAGAUGAUAAACAGCCUGGAUUAGAAUGAAUAACAGUUUGGAUUAGAGAUUAUAAACAGCCUGGAUUAGAAAUGAUAAACAUCCUGGAUUAGAAUGAAUAACAGCCUGGAUUAGAGAUUAUAAACAGCCUGGAUUAGAGAUGAUAAAGAGGCUGGAUUAGAGAUGAUAAACAGCCUGGAUUAGAAUGAAUAACAGUCUGGAUUAGAGAUUAUAAACAGCCUGGAUUAGAAAUGAUAAACAUCUUGGAUUAGAAUGAUAAAGAGGCUGGAUUAGAGAUGAUAAACAGCCUGGAUUAGAAAUGAUAAACAUCCUGGAUUAGAAUGAUAAAGAGCCUGGAUUAGAAUGAAUGACAGCCUGGAUUAGAGAUUAUAAACAGCCUGGAUUAGAAAUGAUAAACAUCUUGGAUUAGAAUGAUAAAGAGCCUGGAUUACAAUGAAUAACAGCCUGGAUUAGGAAUGAUAAACAUCCUGGAUUAGAAUGAUAAAGAGCCUAGAUUAGAGAUUAUAAACAUCCUGGAUUAGGGGGAGUUUCUAGUUUCUAAACGUAGAAGAUGAUGAAUGUUUUUGUUUCUGGCAGCUAAACCAGCUCUUAGGACGCCCCGGAUCCUCGCUGCGUCCUUUUUCUAUCAAACCACAUUGAUGCAAUAAGAACCUUUGGCCACUGUACAUAUAUCUACUGAUAGAAAUGCAUUUUGGCACGUUCGCAGCAAGUCUUACAACAAGUGAUUUACUACUGAUGUGUUUUUAUCACGUUCAGAGACUCUGGGGCAACAUUCUUUAUCUAAAAGAGGUUUCUGGAAUGGUGCAGGAUUUUGAACUAAAUCCAUAAAUGAAACAUGUCAUGAGGAAUGUCCCAAUGAUGUCAGUGAUCUGAUGAGGCUUGUUUUUGCAAAAAAAUAACAAAGCAUCAGUUUCGAGAAGCUGGACACAGCAGGUGCUGUCAUGUCAAUGAGAAUAGUUCCUGUGCACGUUCCCAAUUCUGUCAUUUCAAAAGUCAGACUCCAUGUUUGAAGGAAGAGGAUGAGCUGUGUGGUUUGGGACCCGCUGCAGUACAUCAGGAUGAAUAAAGACAUUUACCCAGUUACAAUGUGUUUUGAUCUUGUUGUGAUUGAGGCUUGUCUUCAGAAUAAAUGGGUCUGAUUCAGA